AAUUGUAAAACUUUUAAGUCACAAGCCAUGGGUGUUCACGUAUUUGGUAAAUCCAUUAAGCACAACUCGUUGGUGUCCGUGGGAUUGGCCAAAAAGAUAUUCGGGGUUGGUUUUCUCACGGCAGAAAGAAUCUGUGCCAAAGUAGGAAUAUACCCACAGAUGAGAAUGAACCAGUUGACUGAGCCACAAAUCCUUGCCAUAAAUAAGGAGCUAUCCGACUUGACUAUUGAAGGUCACUUGAAGCAAAAGAUCAAUGACAAUAUCAAAUUAAAGAGAACUAUUGGAACUUGGGCUGGUCAAAGACAUGCUGCAGGAUUACCAGUUCGUGGGCAAAGAACUAGAAACAAUGCUCUGACGGCCAACAGGUUGAACAAGUUGGAUAGACACACAUGAACGUCAAAGCACACGAUGGGUCUGACCUUUGGGGUUUCUUGUACAUAUACAUUUAUAAUACACAUUAGAGAAAGCACAUCAAGUGUAGAGAGAUAUUCUACGACCGAGCUAAACUGUCAGAAGAAAUAAUAGAUAGUUCUAAUAAUGGAAUGUUUUUU